GCUAUAAUAACUUACAUUUUUGUCAGCCAUCUUCCUGAAGCAACUUUAGAGCCUUGGGUCGCAGAGCUUUAUGGGACUUUUUGAUAACCCCUUGAUAGGAAGUCUGCAUUUCACUUUAUUUGGGUUGGGUAUUGGCAUUGAGCCCAAGUCUAGCUUUCGCAAACGAUGACGUGUUGAUUUUGUAUAUUCUUGUGUUGAACAUCAAGUGGCAUACCAUGUGAUCUGUAUUGUUGUGGAUCCAUAGCCUUGGGGAAUAGGAAGUUAGAACCUCUACUCCCUGUCAGAGAACACUCGAUGGGCUGGGUUUGAGCAGCUCUCUGGCAUCACCACACACAUGGGCUUCUCAGACUUUCUCUGCACUGUAAUGUAAUUAUGUCUUCAAGCUACGAUCAUAUGUAAAGGAUCUGUAUCUUUCAUUUCAGUCUAGCCGAGCUACUCUGAGCUUGUGGACAUGUUUUUAAAUACGGGAAAAGGAUUUAUUGCUCCGCUGACUGUUAGUGCAGAAGGCGUGUGCCCUUACGUCACCCACUAUGACGUGUCACACUAUUUCAACACGAAACCACUUCCUUUUAGAUAAUAGACAAAUCAGCUUUCACUGGAAGGAUGUGGCCAUACUGAGCUGAACUAGUUCAGAAGUCACUCGGCACCCAUCAUUAUGCAGUAGCAGGUUCAGACUUGAAGGCCUUUGUUCAACUGUUUUUGGGUUGGGUUUUGUUUUGACUGGCUGCAAAUUAUGGAUUGAAAUCAGUGCUGCUACAGUGUGUUUUUAUUCAGAUAAGGAGGUCUUACUAUGAACAGGUAUGAGUUUUCGGCCAUCAAGGAGACUGCAUCUGAACGGCUACCCGGUGGAGAGUGGGGGACUAUUGGUGAAGAAGGAGAGCAAGAAGGUGAAGACCAGGAAAGCAUUCAGUCUGGAGGAGGCCCAACUGGAGCUCCAGCAGAACAGAAACCUCACCAGACAAGCCCCCGUCAGGUCUCAGACGUUCGACGCGGAUAGAAGUUUUGAGAAGACUGAAGGCAGUGGUUCACAAAGUAGUUUUAUAAAGCACAACAAAACAUUCCACAAGCUGUUUCCUGACAUUCCGGAGAGUGAAGACUUGCUACAUGCCUACAUCUGUGCCCUGCAGAAGGAGGUGCCCUACCACGGCAGGCUCUAUGUCACCGAGCACCACGCGUGCUUCCACUCUUCCGUGCUGCUCAAGGACACCAAGUUGGUUAUCCCGGUGACCAGCGUGCACAUUGUGAAGAAGCAGAACACUGCCCUGCUGGUGCCCAACGCCCUGUCUAUCCGCACCAUCGAGGGGGAAAAGUACCUGUUUGUGUCUUUGCGGAACCGAGAGGCAUGCUACAAGCUCCUGCGGUCCGUUUGUUCUCGACUGGAGGAUGGAAGUGCCAACAGCAGCCCCUUAUUCUCUUCUACGGACAAUAGCUUUGAUCAGGGCAAGCUAGUGAACUCCAGUCAGUCCAGUCUAGACCAGCUGGACGGGUCAGACCCCAAGCUAUUCCUUGACUCGCCCCCACCCAACCAACACACAGACCUAGUGCCUCAAGGGAGCAGCUCCAGCCAUAGGAGCACGCACACGCAGCAGAGUGACGGCUCCUUAGAGAACGUCUCAGGUGGCUCGUGGGUGUGGAGUGUGACGGAGAAAGCCCGCUCCCUUCUCAUCCACAGAGAGACCAGCAGCCUCAACACGCUCCUCUUCAUCUACCUAAUACUGGUGGUACUACUGCUGCUAUCAUCCGGGUACAUCGGCCUCCGUAUCGUGGCUCUGGAGGAGCAGUUGACCUCUCUGGGCGCCCUCCCUGAAUUCUCCCUACAGAGCAGGUACAAAGACACAACCAUGAUUGGCCAGAGGAGAGAUUGACUCAUGUUUGGAGGACGUGACAAUAUAGCGCCAACUGGAGCUCUCGUGUUGAAGAUAUUCUGUCCUAUAAGAACUCGGAGCGAUUUUGAAAGUGUUCCAGAGUUGGCCCGUCGUCCUCUUGCAUAUAGGACUUUUGGAGCACCUCAGUGUAUGAGUUCAAACACAGACAGGUAAACUCAAAGGGCUAUAUUUAAGAGAGCUAGACCCAGGCCAGCCACAACUCGCAGCAAGCGGAGCCAAGCCAACACAUAUGCACACAAAUAAGCUGCUGUGUGACUUGGAACCAAAGCCAACUCUCAAACAGAAUAAACUGAAGGGAGGCGGUAGUCAACUCCAUCUGCUCUCAGAUCAUAUUGACGAAGCGAUUUCUCUGAUUUCCAAGAGAACUUUGAAACGUGCGCGUGCGCUUCCAAUCUGUAUUGUCUUCAUGAGCAUGUGGUCUGUGCAGACUAGUCAAAUUGAGUGUAGUCUUAACGUUUUGCUGCUUCUUUUUAUAUAUUUUUUAACACCUACCGUAAGGUACAAGUGCUAUGCAGAACCAAAGAUGCACGUCUUUGGCAUGAGUACACAGAGAUAAAUUGUAUUCUUUACCUCCUAUCUCAGCAUUUCAUCACGGUGUUCAGUCUAUCUGUAUUUAAUCUUUCACUACUAAGCCAUCUGAGGGUACUCUUGAAUGAUUCUCCUGGUAAUCAGCCAUAAUGAUAACAAUGAAUUAUCUUGUCUUCCACGGAUCAGCCAGCCGAGCAGCCAUUUUGAGCUUAUCUCCUGAAGGUCUCUCCUCUCUUUUAAAGAUCAGCAGUAUUUAGUCUGGCAUUCGCAUGAUUUAAACCAGUUUUAAUGAUCAAUGCUUUUGGAGGCCACUCCCUCCAGUCUCACUGGAUGUACGCAUCUUCAAUGCACAAAAAAAAGUACGAUCAGGUUGAGUGUUGUCGCGUUUGUAGCCGUAGAAAUGUUAAACUUUUUUUAUUUUAUUAUUACUUUGAUCAUCAAAGUAUUUUUUGAUAUACCAAUACUAUUCUUGUUCAGAUUAAUAUCUGAUGACUUCUGUACUGUAUAGAAUGAACUGAUGUUGUGUAAAAGCAAAGAAUCAAACCUCUGUUCUCAACAGGCCUGUCAAUGACUAAACGCUUGUUCCUACCGGUUCGGCUGUUUCAGGACUGUUCAAUGGCUAUUUAGAUUAAGAAGCGCCAUAAUGUAUUGUGUAUAUUGCAUGUGUCUGGAACAUCAGAUACUUCACUGAUAUAUUAUGCACACUUUAAUCAAGCGAUGUUACGGAGGUCCUAUUUCCAACGAAGGAAAUAAAUGUGGUCGAGAAUUUAUUUCAAAAUGCAAAAAAAAACAUGCAGGCAAAAAGAUGUAUUGGCAAACCUGUAGUUUUUUUAUUUUAUUUUUUAUUUU